GAAGUUAAGGUAGCUGAUCAUUCAUCAGUAUUAAUUCAGCAGUCAAUCUGUACAAAAACUAAUACUAGCAAACAUUUGAUCAGCUACAGUUUGCAAUUAUCUCUCCAUGGCUCACACAAUUCUCACAUCAAAUUGCCAAAACAAGCCAAUUUGCUUGCUGGGUCUCCUCGUUCUCACACUGUCCGUGAUGCAGACAAGUGAUGCAACUGAUCCAAUUCCCGUAGGAAAAACAGGCAUUUGGAGUCCCAAUUCAACCAACUACAUUCAAUGGGCUGAAGAAACUACGUUUACGAUUGGAGACUCCAUAGCUUUUCACUUCACUGCUGGCAAAGACUCGGUGCUUCAAGUACAGCAGGGCGACUACACCAACUGCAUCACUGGCUCACCCAUUUACGCUUUCCCCAAUGAUACUGGCUACAAUGUGGCCAUGUUCAAUUAUUCUGGAACUUGCUAUUUCAUCAGUGGGAUUAAAGAUCAUUGUCUCAAAAAUCAAAAGUUUAGAGUCCUUGUCAGGGCAAAUACCAAUGAAAAUCCAUCACCACCUCCUCCAAACGGUGCUUCUGCUAUCUUCCUCAGUUUUAUUGGCUACCUGGGAGCUUUUGCUGCUUCAUCACUUCUUUUGGCAUUCUAAUUGGAUUGCUUCAAUAAGUUUGGAUUUCUUUA